AUGUUAUCAUUAUCAUCAUUAAAUUUAAAUAUUUUAAAUCAACAAAAUAAAAAAGAUAGUAAAUGUGCUGUUUGUGGGAAGGAUGCUUAUUUUUAUCAUUAUAAUGUUUUUAGUUGUAAUGGUUGUAAACAAUUUUUUCGACGUUCAAUUAUUGAAAAUAGAAAAUAUAAUUGUCCAAGAAAAUCAAUUUGUGAUAUUAAAGAUGGUUAA